UUGAAAAUUCAAAAGCGAAUCCCUCAACCCCAAGUUAAGUUUUUACUCAGCAUUUAUUUAACAUGCUUCGUUGAGUUUUCAUUUUCGUUUCCAUUUUCAUUUUCGUUUAGCUUCUCUUUUGCUUGUUUUCUUUUAAGUUUUAAAAACUUUCAAGCUGUGUCCAAAACCUGCAAUCCGAUACGAAACGAUACGAUCUCCGGCUUCGGCCAGUCUCCGGCCGCUUGGCUUAAACUCAACUUAAACUUAAAUUCAGUUGCCAAUUGGCCGCGUUCAAUUCAACAACUGCUGGCGGCUUAAAAACUCACAAAAAAACUCAACUGUCACUUAAAGCCUUAAUGAGUAAAUAAAUAAAAUCGCCUUAGUUUUUCUAAAUCGUUUAAUCGGGUUUUUAUUAAUCAAACAAAAUGUACCUCCUGUGCGGUCGUCUCAGUAACUGGUCAGCUCUUGUAUUGGCCCUGUUGUCUUUCUUGGCCGUAAUUGAGGCCAGGCCUCAGAGGAACCUGCAACAUGUGGCCGUGGUGGAAAAUGCUGCCUGGGAACAGACACUGCCUCAGCAAUUUCAGAAUCCCUUUUACAAGACACCAAGAGUGAGGGAUGCUUUGGCCAGAUCCAGUUGGUUUGGACCCGGCGAGGAGGUGGUUUAUGACCGUCAGGCUGAAAAAAUUCCACGCAUGGAAAUCUACAAUGUGCUGUCGCAUGCCGGCUUAAUACCACGCCGGCGUUUCCUCUAAAACUAAUAUUAAAUAAUCCAUAAUCAUUUAUCUAUUGUAAACUUUAUAAAAAUAAAAAUCGAAGUCAUUAGUUUAGGAAUGAAAAAAGCGUAACUU